UAAGUUAUCGUUCAAUUUGCGAUCACUAAUAUAUACAAAAAAUGUUUAUUAUUUAUCCGAAGGCGCAAAAAACAUAUUAAAAUUUAUAAUUUCUAUAACAAAUCAUUAUGAACGCUCAAUUAAACGCUGAAUUGGACAAUGCACUACAAUGUUUGUUAGAAACCUAUCAAUUAGCUCAAGAAUUUGGCGAUGAAGAAUGGAAAAAUCCUCGUACUUAUUUGGAAAUGGCUUGUAAAUUAUUAACAACUAAAGAAAAUGCCAAACGUAUGGAUGACGCCCUUGAAGUAGCCAAAGAGCAAGCUAACGUUGAAGAUUUCGAAAAAGAAUAUCAAAAUCAAUUGAAUGUGCGCUUGUCCAAAAAGUAUGAUGUAAAGAAAAGUUCAGAUUUUAAGAAUUUCAAGCAGCAAUUACUGCAAAUUGCCCAAGCAAUGGAACAAGAUAGUGAGGCAGCCGCCGGUAAUAAUGCGACACGCAUCGAAAGUGAUGAUUUCGUAAUGGAAAGUGAGAUUAACGUAUAUGAUCCGCUAACAAAACAGCGUAUGCAAAAUCCGGUACGUAAUACGCUGUGUAAACAUCAUUAUGAAAGAUCUUCGAUUUUGGAAGCCAUAAAAAUCAACAAACGUUUAAGAUGUCCCGUAGCGGGAUGUUUCAAUAAGGAGUAUGUCAUACAGCAGCAUUUGGUCGAUGAUAAUGUAUUUAAAAUACGUCUACAAAAAAUGCAGGAAGCUGAAGAUGAUGAAUAAUACAAUUUCAUUUACUUUACUAGACAUUUUUUUCAUUUUAUUAUUUAUUUUUUUUUAACUGUUACACAUAAAUAUUUUAUAUUCUUAUUAAAUAAACACCAUGAAUUGUUA